AUGCCUAAAAUUGUAUCUUCGUCAGUCGUCUCUUCUUCAGAUCAUGCCACAAAACCAGAGGAUCAGCCAAAAUCACUGCAUGUCUAUUACUGUCUCUGCUCAGAAUUUGCACUGGUGAUUGAUGCGGAUCUUCGACAACUACCUCGACGCAGAACAGACAAUGCCAUCAUUGUUUCCAAUGCCAGACGCACAUACAAACUAACAGCUGAAGCAGGUGAAUGUGUGCUGCUGAAAAGACGCGAUGGAUAUGAGAAGCAAUUCAGAUAUCACUGUCCCAGAUGUCAAUUAGUCAUUGCAUACGAAAUGAACGAGCAUCGAAAGCUAGGCCCAUACACUUACGUUUUGGAUGGUGCUUUAACCGAGAAUCAAGGCCAUGCACCUGCCAAUGCCAUUAUUGACGUGCAACCUAUAUCGUCCGCUACCAGCACAGCUUAG